CUGAGAAUAUCAUACAAUACAGUCAUCAUCAUCAUCAAAUAAUUGUCCACUGCAGCUGCUAUAUGCCAGCUGACAAUAUGAACUAAGAGGUUGUUGCUGCUUAAGAGAGACUUCUGAGUGGAAAGAGGGAGGCCGUGAAGGUGCUAUGGGUCUUGAGGUACUAAAAAACUGCACCGUUGAAGGUCUUGGUCUACUAACAAGGUGGGAUGUUGAUGGGUAUACCGUUGAAGGUCUUGGUCUACCAACAAGGUGGGAUGUUGAUGGGUAUACAGUUGAAGGUCUUGGUUUACCAACAAGGUGGGAUGUUGAUGGGUAUACAGUUGAAGGUCUUGGUCUACUAACAAGGUGGGAUGUUGAUGGGUAUACAGUUGAAGGUCUUGGUUUACCAACAAGGUGGGAUGUUGAUGGGUAUACAGUUGAAGGUCUUGGUUUACCAACAAGGUGGGAUGUUGAUGGGUAUACAGUUGAAGGUCUUGGUCUACCAACAAGGUGGGAUGUUGAUGGGUAUACAGUUGAAGGUCUUGGUCUACCAACAAGGUGGGAUGCUGAUGGGUAUACAGUUGAAGGUCUUGGUCUACCAACAAGGUGGGAUGUUGAUGGGUAUACAGUUGAAGGUCUUGGUCUACCAACAAGGUGGGAUGCUGAUGGGUAUACAGUUGAAGGUCUUGGUCUACCAACAAGGUGGGAUGUUGAUGGGUAUACAGUUGAAGGUCUUGGUCUACCAACAAGGUGGGAUGUUGAUGGGUAUACAGUUGAAGGUCUUGGUCUACCAACAAGGUGGGAUGUUGAUGGGUAUACAGUUGAAGGUCUUGGUCUACCAACAAGGUGGGAUGCUGAUGGGUAUACAGUUGAAGGUCUUGGUCUACUAACAAGGUGGGAUGUUGAUGGGUAUACAGUUGAAGGUCUUGGUCUACCAACAAGGUGGGAUGUUGAUGGGUAUACAGUUGAAGGUCUUGGGCUACUAACAAGUUGCAGGGCUACUGGCAGCAGUCCUUCCAUUCUUGCAGGGAGCAUCAUGUGCUGGGGUGGGGAUGGGUAUGCAGGGGAUCCUGGGGAGUUUGAGCGGGUGGGGGAGUGUUGGGAUGACGAUGGAUAUCCAGGGGGGUUUGGGUGGCCUGGGGAGUUUGAUCGGGUGGGGACGUGAUUGGGUGUAGGUGGUGAUGGGAAAUCAAGGAAGAUGGGGUUGAAUAUUGGUUCAGAGUCUCCAUCUGCCUGCUGAGGCCCUGGGGAGUUUGUUGCAGACGCAUGUAUUCCAGUAGUGUAUUCCAAGUUGUUGUGUCUUUGUGGUGAC